CAGUGCUGGGUGCUGGUCCAGUUGCCUGGGCAUCCUUGGAAGGAGUGUCCUUGCUAGUGCUGGGUGCUUGUCCACUUGCCUGUACAUCCUUAGAAGGUGUGUCCUUGCUAGUGCUGGGUGCUAGUCCAGUGGCCUGGGCAUCCUCGGAAGGUAACACUGCGUCCAGUCUCUGCUCAGCUACCCAGGACGAUAGCAAACACAACUUCUGCCCAUUAAUGAUGGAUAACAACCCAGAGGAAUGUUCAGUGUGUUUUAACAAUUAUGACGACAAUCAGCUACGGCCUCGCACACUGCCGUGCGGCCACACAUUCUGCUCCCAGUGUAUUGACAAUGCUAUCAAGAAUGGUCAGCUGAACUGCCCCAGCUGCCGGGCCCAGCACGCUGCCACAGCUGCUACUCUGUUCCCAAUUAAUUAUGGUAUGGAAGCCCUUAUCAGAAAACUAAAAGGUAUCGAGGUUGCACCAGGGGUAACAGUACCAGCAAAACCCAUUAAAACCCUUGCGAGAGGAAUCAGCAAGAAGUUACGUUCCUUGGUGCAGGAGCAGAAGAGCAUCAUCAGCAGCCUCAUUACUAGCUGUGAAGAGGUACUGUCCCAGCUGGGGGAGUACCGGGGGCAGCUGGGGGACUGGAAGACUCACCACCUCCAGCUCCAGGACAGACUCUAUGCUCUGGUAGAGCAGAACAAGUCAGCAAUGAAGCUCUUGGAACUGGAGGAUACCAGUGUAGUGAAUAUGACAACACAAGGAGAAGAAGGGAAAACUCAGCUGCAGGCCAUGUUGGGGAGCCUCGACACAGUCAACACCCCACAGGAGGUUGACACAACCAUAGACACAGCUGAUGAGUGCAGCAUGAAGGUAGAAGAUUGGCUCCAGAAGUGCCAGAAACUCUUCCCAGAUGUCAAGACUGUCCACACCUCAGUGAAGAACUCUCCAAAUGAAAAAUGA